CUUUUUAAUCAUUACAAAAAUAUAAGGAAUAUCCUUCAUCGUCUCCAUUGUUUUCCAACUCUUAAUCUCUCUCUAUAAUCCUUUUCUCCUUAAAUCCUUUUCUUCAGUUUUCUCCUAAGAUUAAUUUCUAUCUCAUCUAUUUCCUUUUUGUUUUUCGUAAAAAUACCCUAAAAAUCCAGGUCGCCAAUUGUGUUUCAAUAUGAAAUUGUAGUUCCUUGCUUUGAUUCUAUAAUCGUUUGAAUUAGUUUGAUUUAAUUUUGAUUUGUGAGUAUUCAAAAUGGAUAAGUAUGAAUUGGUUAAGGAUAUAGGAUCUGGGAAUUUCGGUGUUGCUCGUCUUAUGAGGAACAAAGAAACCAAAGAACUUGUUGCCAUGAAAUACAUCGAGCGUGGUCCUAAGAUUGAUGAAAAUGUGGCUAGAGAAAUCAUUAAUCAUAGAUCACUCCGGCAUCCCAACAUUAUUCGAUUUAAAGAGCUUGUCUUGACCCCUACGCAUUUAGCUAUAGUAAUGGAAUAUGCAGCUGGAGGUGAGCUUUUUGAACGAAUCUGUAACGCUGGAAGGUUCAGUGAGGAUGAGGCCAGAUUUUUCUUCCAACAACUUAUAUCAGGUGUCAGCUAUUGUCAUUCCAUGCAAAUUUGUCAUAGAGAUUUGAAGUUGGAGAAUACUCUUUUGGACGGAAGUCCUGCACCUCGUUUGAAAAUAUGUGAUUUUGGCUACUCAAAGUCAUCUCUUUUACAUUCAAGGCCCAAGUCAACUGUUGGAACUCCCGCGUACAUUGCUCCAGAGGUUCUUUCACGUAGGGAAUAUGAUGGAAAAAUGGCUGAUGUAUGGUCAUGCGGAGUCACACUGUAUGUGAUGCUAGUUGGAGCAUAUCCUUUUGAAGACCAAGAAGAUCCAAAAAAUUUCAGAAAAACCAUUGAUAGAAUAAUGAAAGUUCAGUACAAGAUUCCUGAUUAUGUUCGUGUAUCGCAAGACUGUAGACAACUUCUUGCACAUAUAUUUGUUGCAAAUCCAUCAAGGAGGGUUUCCAUCAAACAGAUCAAACUCCACCCUUGGUUUCUAAAGAAUUUGCCAAGGGAGCUCACCGAAACACACCAAGCUAUAUACUAUCGGAGAGAAAACUCGACUUUCUCUCUUCAAAGUGUGGAGGAAAUAAUGAAAAUUGUUGAAGAGGCCAAGAAGCCAUCUCCUGUCGCACGUUCUGUUGGGGCCUUCGGUUGGGGUGCGGAGGAGGACGGUGAUGAGAAGGAAGAAGCUCCCAACAAGGGAGAGGACAAGGGAGAGUGGGAGAAAGGCGAAGAAGACGAGUACGAGAAAACAGUGAAGGAGGUGCAAGCAUGGAAAAUUUAACGACCUUAAUAAAACAAAUAUACAGUGUGCUCGGAUAAUUUAGUAUUAGUUGAAGAUGUGAGGUAACUCUUAUGUUUAGAUUUUGUUUGAUCAAAUUAUGAUAAGGUUAUUGUGUCAUUUGAGUCUAGUCUUAUUUGAAUCUCUUCCAAAAUAAGCUUUGUAAAUAGCGUUGUGCGAUUGGUUUAGGGUUCGUUUGCGAGUCUAAAUGUCGGGCAUGGUAGUUGCAAAAGUUUCUUUAUUUACGAAGGUCGUGAUAUGCUCUUUAACCUCGCAAUAAUAGUCGUGACUCGUAAAAGUGUGAUUCAAGCAAGUUUGAUAUAUACAAGAGCGUAGGCUUAUGAAGCAUUGGCCGAAUUGGCGGGCCUCAUAAAGAUACUAUAGAAAUUUUUACAUUCUUGCUAAAAACAUGUUUUAUUUUUGGCAGUUUUUACAAGAUACUAUAGAAAUUGUGCAAAAUUCAUUAGGUGUAAUAUUGAAUAAUUUACUGGUAAUUCUGAGACUACACAAAAUUUGUUUGAUACUUUCAAUAAA